AUGUUCUUCGAUAAGGUUUUAUUAAAUUAUGCUGCAGCAAUGGGUAUUAAAAAGAACCUAAAAGACAAUGAAUUUUCUGAUUUAAAUACUAUAUUUGGUGCAGGUUAUAUCUUCAUGAUGCCUUUCACUUCCUAUUUCUUUCAAAGAUUUCCUUUAUCAAAAAUUUUAGGAACUUUUAUAUUCCUUUGGGGUAUAGUUUUAGCCUGUCAUUCUGCUUGUAAAACCUAUGCUUCUUUAAUGGUUGUUCGAGUUUUGCUAGGUAUGUUUGAAUCUUCAAGUGCCGCUGGCUGUAUUGCAAUUAGUGGUAUGUAUUACACUAAAUCUGAACAAAGUAAAAGAAUUGGGUUUUGGUGUAUUCAGGCUGGUACUGGUUAUAUCGUCGGUGGUUUAGUUUCAUUCGGAUUUCAGCAUUAUCAUGGUACAAAAUUCGAAUCAUGGCAAAUUAUGUUCCUAGUCGUCGGUCUUGUUACUAUAGCAUUUGGUGCAUUGACGUUUGCAUUAUUACCAGAUAAUACUACUAAUGCUUGGUUUUUAUCACAAGAAGAAAAAGUCGAAGUCAUCGAACAUAUUAGAGAUAAUCAAACUGGUUUGGAAAAUAAAGCAUUCAAAUGGGAACAAAUUAGAGAACUAUUCUUUGAAGAUAAAUUAACAUGGUUAAUGCUUUUGUUCACAGGUUGUUCUCAAAUAUCAACUGGUGCUAUCGGUUCAUUUUCUGUCACAAUUACCGGUACUUUUGGUUUUGAUAGUUAUGACACCGCCCUUCUACAAAUUCCAAUUGGUGUUUUGGUUAUAAUAAUUAUCUUCAUAACCACUCAAAUGUUGGCAUACUGGGGUCAAUAUACUUUAAUUACGACUUCAAUGUUUAUCCCAUCUGUCAUUGGUUGUAUCGUAUUGAUUAGUUUACCAUUGUCUCAUAAGGUAGGUAAUUUAUUGGCAUUGUACUUGGUUUAUAGUGGUUCAUGCCCUAUUACUAACAUUUACAUUUGGAAUUCUUGGAAUACUUCAGGAUAUUCUAAAAGAAUAUUCAGGAAUGCUGCUACAUUAAUUGUUUACAAUGUGUGUACCAUCGUGGCUCCACAAAUGUUUAGAGAAUCUUCUGCGCCAAGAUAUAUCCCAGCAAAAAUUGCAUUGCUUGUAACCCAAUGUGUAUGUAUACCAUUGCAAUUAUACAUUGGUUACUUAAGUAAGAAAGAAAAUGAAAAAAGAGAUAAAGAACAAGAAGGAAAAGAACCUGAAAGAUAUGAGUUUUUAGAUUUAACUGAUAUUCAAAAUAGAAAUUUCAGAUACAUGUAUUAA